UGUUGCUAGAUUUUAAUAAAAAGUUAAUUACUGACUUUGUUUUACAGUUUUUAAUUUAAAUAAAAAUCAGAGAAAUAAUUUGUAAGAAUGGAUACUUCCGCUCCUCCGAAUUCAAACAAAAGUCGAAAUGAAAAAACCAAUCAAAAUAUUCAAGUAUACGUACGGGUCAGACCUGCAAACAAUCGUGACAGAAUGAUACGAUCACUGGAUGUGGUUGAUGUUGUUGGUACAAAGGAGGUUGUAUGCCGGAGUUCUUUAGAUUCAAAAGUAACCAAAAAGUUUUACUUCGAUCGCUCAUUUGGUCCAAAUUCAAAACAAUCUGAUGUUUAUCAAACUGUUGUGGCUCCUUUAAUUGAAGAAGUAUUAGCAGGGUAUAAUUGUACCGUGUUUGCCUAUGGUCAAACUGGAACUGGAAAAACCCAUACUAUGGUUGGCUUCGAAAACCAACAAAUGAAAGAAUCUUGGGAAGAUGACUCUUCAGCUGGAAUUAUUCCAAGGGCUUUAUGUCAUAUGUUGGACGAAUUACGUUUAAUGAAAGUUGAAUAUGCUAUGCGAAUUUCUUAUUUGGAAUUGUAUAAUGAAGAGCUUUGUGAUUUGCUUUCAACAGAUGACUCCGUGAAGAUAAGAAUAUUUGAUGACAGCACUAAAAAAGGUUCAAUAAUAAUACAAGGACUUGAAGAAGUCACAAUCCAUGGAAAAGAUGACGUAUAUAAAAUAUUAGAGAGAGGGCAAGAACGUCGGAAAACUGCAACAACUCUUAUGAAUGCUCAGUCCUCGCGAUCUCAUACUGUACUAUCUAUCUUAGUACACAUUAAAGAGAACGGUAUCGAUGGAGAAGAAAUGUUAAAGAUUGGAAAAUUGAAUCUAGUCGACUUGGCCGGUAGUGAAAAUAUUUCUAAAGCAGGGAAUGAAAAAGGAAUUCGAACCAGAGAAACUGUCAAUAUCAAUCAAAGUUUACUUACUCUUGGGAGAGUAAUAACUGCUCUAGUAGAACGUGCCCCACAUAUUCCGUAUCGUGAGUCUAAAUUGACCCGUUUGCUUCAGGAAUCGCUUGGUGGACGAACUAAAACCUCAAUUAUUGCUACAAUAUCUCCUGGGCAUAAAGAUUUAGAUGAGACUCUAAGUACGUUGGAGUAUGCAUUUCGAGCCAAAAAUAUUCAAAAUAAACCAGAACUUAACCAAAAAUUAUCCAAGAAAACUGUUUUGAAAGGAUAUAUUGAAGAAAUAGAUAGAUUGAAAAAAGAUCUUAAUGCUGCGCGAGAAAAAAAUGGUAUAUAUUUAGAUGAAGAAACGUAUAAUGAGAUGAAUUAUAAAUUAGAAGUUCAAAAUAAAGAAUUAAACGAAAAAAUGCUGAACUUAAAAGCUUUGAAAGCUGAAAUGUUGAAAAUGGAGUCACUAUUUACCGAAAAAUUGCAUACAACAGAAAAAGUUUUAAGCGAAACUAAACAUGAUUUAACUCAAACAAAAAAACGCUACAAAGAAAAAAAAAUUUUAUUGGACAAUCACAUUAAAACAGAAGAGAAAUUGACAGACCAAGCAAAUGAAUUGAUUAAAGUAGCAAAAAUUGCAACGGAAGAUCACCAACUAUUGCAUGACACAUUAGAACGUCGUAAAAGUGUUGACACAAAGAUUAAAAGUGUUGCUGAAGAGUUCAAAAAUAAAAUGGAGCACAACUUUAAAAUAAUGAAUAAAGAUUUCGAAAAUUUACAUGAAAAGCAUAAAUCAGUUUCAGAGGUUAUCAAACUGGAAAUUAAUGAAAACACAAAACUUAUAAAUUCUUAUAUUAAUGAGACAAAGUCAAAAGUCGAUCAAAUGGCUUCGUAUUUCGAAAAAGUAUUUGAACAGUUUUCUUUUCAAUAUGAAAAGUUUGAAAAACAAAUUUUAGAUGGCGAUGAAAAACAUUUGAAUGCUUUCAGCGAAUUAAAGAAAAUUCAGGAACAAAAAGAUGGCAUAUGGAGGAAAGAAAUAAAUAGUUAUAUAAAUGACACAAAGCACAUUUUGAAUGAACAGAAAUUAGCACAAGAAAGUAACGUAGCUUUAGUUUCAAAGUUUAUUUUAGAAACAAAUGAAAAAGACCGGGCAUUUUGUAAUGUUCUGAAUGAUCAACUUUUCAAUAUAGUCGAAGAAGCCCAAAGGACUAUAAAGGCUGAGGUGGAGAGUGUUAAGGCUAACACGGAAAGAAGAAACCAACUGAAUAAAAAACGAAGUGAAAUUUUAUCUAAAUUAAUAGAACUCGAAAAUGAAGAUCGAGAAGGUAUUGAAAAAAUUGAAGUAAUUUCUGAAAAUUUGAUCUCUGUGAAAGAUGAAAUUUCUUCGAAAAUCAAUAAUAAGAUUGAAAGAAUUAAAUUAUUUGACAAAGAAAGAGAAGCUUCGUUUAAAAUACUUAAUGGUAAAAUCGAAAAUAUUCAAGAAGGGACCAAUUCGUAUGUUUCUCAAAUACAUGAUCAAGUUGAAAGGAUUCAAAAUUUAAUAUUAACAAAUCAAAAGCAAAAUUUAGAACAUGAAACUAGCAUGACAAAUUUGUUUUUGGAAAAUAAAAAAAAUCAAAAAGAAUUGGUAACUACUACUAGCAAGGAAUUGACGAACGUCAAAAAUAACUCUUGCUCCACGGUUAAAACACAGUUUAAAGAAGUUUCUAACACCAUUUUCAAAAAUCAGUCAGCUUUUAAUGAAUUUUCAUUGGAAAAUACAUCAAUGACGAAAUCUUUUGUUGAAGCUGUUAACGAUUAUGCUGAUGCAUAUUGGAAUAAUAUGAAUAACAAUUUCCAAUUAUUUAAUUUCUAUCAAAAUGGAUUAAAAGUUUAUAGUCCAACUGGGCAAACUCCGUCCAAAAGAGAAUAUACGUAUCCGAAAGUAUUAGCAAAAACAUCACCACAUUCAAAUAUAAUAAAAAGAUUUCGUUUAGAAAAUGGUUACUCAGAUCAUGAUAUAUCUAAUAUGACAAUAAUGGAGGACAACGAGAGUGUAAUACCGGAUAUUAACGAACAAAUGCCUAGAAUAUCGACUCCAAUAAAAUAUUUAGAAAAUUCUCCGAAGUCAUUUAAAUUAAACACACCAUCAUCACUAACAGAAAAUAAUCCUAGAUUAAUACACAGCUUAGAUAUAUAUGAUAAAAAACAUGGUACAGAGCUAAGAAAGUCACCUGUCAGCUUUCUGACAGAAAAUAAAGAAAAUGUAGAAUAAAAUUUUUAACAGGUUGAAAAUAUUUUUGUGUUACAAAUUUACUAAUUUUUAAUUAACGGAUGAAACAAUUAACACAUACAAAUAUCUCAAAUGUGUAUGAUUGUAUCAUUAAUUAAUAUUUUUGUA